CACUUGCUUGUCACAUGUUGACAUACUUUGUUUGGUUGUAGUGUGUAAAAGUCUCCCGUUUUCUCUUUAUUGUGUCCCUGUCAUCUUGUCAUUCUUCAGCACUUGUGGAGUACAACGGCUGCCAAGGUGCCUUAUUUUGCGCAACGGGAGGGAGCUCCCAUCUCACUUUCUUCAUGGUGCCAGCCAGACUUGUUUUCUUUGUAAGCAACUUGUUCGCCAAUAAAUGAAGAAAUUGCCCACGGUGACAUUCCUCCCCCUGCCAAGGGUGAUUUAGGCAUUCCCGGAUUCAAAGAAGAGGCUGGAUUCAAAGGAGAGGCUGGAUUCAAAGGAGAAUCUGGUGCACCUGGUGAUCAUGGAACGCUGGGUCCCAUGGGAGAGGAGGGGAGGAGGGGAGAACGGGGUGACGCCGGGACUUCAGGUGCCGCUGGACCCAAUGGAGAGAGAGGUGCUCCUGGCAGUAGAGGUUUUCCUGGUCAGGAUGGGUUACCUGGUCAAAAGGGUGCCCAAGGUGAGCAAGGACUGGGUGGGUCAUCUGGUCCCAAAGGUGCCGAUGGUGACCCAGGACGCACUGGAGAGCCAGGUCUUCCAGGGGCACGGGGUCUGUCGGGUCUUCUCGGCUCCCAGGGUCCUGAGGGACACCAAGGACCAAUGGGAGGAGGAGGAGAGGAUGGGGGACCAGGUCCAGCAGGGUCAGCUGGUACCAGAGGUCCAGCUGGAACCAUGGGUGUAGUUGGACCAAAAGGCUUUACUGGAGACCCUGGUAAGACAGGAGAAGUGGGGACCCCAGGUGUUGCAGGACAGAGGGGGGUUAAUGGGAAAGCUGGAGAGAUGGGCGCUGGUGGCACUGCUGGUCCAGCAGGAGUUGCAGGGAAGAGAGGAGAGCAAGGACCUCCUGGUAUGAAUGGCUUCCAGGGUCCACCUGGAUCUGCUGGUCCACCUGGAGAGUCUGGGAAACCCGGUGCUGAGGUACGGUAUGACAUCACUUCCGACUGUGACAUGCAAUAA